UGUCCCUCGGACACAGCGGAUCACUGAUCAACGGAAAGAGCCAAAGAUGGGACAUGUACACUGAUCAUCAGAGCACUGAUGAUCAGUGUGCCCUGAUGAUCUGUGUAGCCCCAGCAGUGCCACCUGUCAGUGUCCAUCAGUGCCAUCUGUCAGUGCUCAUCCAUGCCACAUAUCAGUGCCUACCAGUGCACAUCACUGCCACAUAUCAGUGCCCAUCUGAGCUGCCUUUCAGUGUCACCCAUCAGUGCCAGUCAGUGCCACCUAUCAAUGCCAGUCAGUGCCACCUAUCAGUGCUGCCAAUCAGUGCCACCUAUCAGUGCCAGUCAGUGCCGCCUAUCAGUGCCAGUCAG